CACUACCAAAAGUCUUUUGUUUUUAAUCCCUUCGCGUGGAACUUGACACAAAUGUCAGCCAAUUUUAAAUGAAGUAGGUCGUUCAUUUCCCCGCAUUCCUCUCCUCAUUGAUCGGGAUCGGCGUCCCUGGGAGCGAGUAUCUGAGAUGCCUUAUCGUUUGAGAAUCAGUGAGGAUGAGGUUCGAGAAGAACUUGCAAAAUUGGGGUAUACCAACGUUCCAGAUGAAAUGGUUAUGUCUUUCCGGAAAGAUCUCCUAAAACUGAUCAAAAAUGACCUUAGGAAGCUGAAGGAAGAAAGAAGACUAUUAGAAAACAAAGAAGGUGGAGCCAGUAAUAAUUUAGUUCAUCCUCCAACGCUAUCUGGUAAACUUCCCCAUAGUGACAGAACUACUAGAAUACCUGAAACAUCAACGCCUUUGUCUUUCAUACUGAAGGAUAGCGGUAAACAUCAAAUACCCAGAAGUAUAUUGAGUGAUGAUGGCUGCAUUGAAAGUGGUUAUUCAGACAGAGAGAGCACACUGUCUGGUAGUUCUCGGGUCUCUCGGGGAGAUAGAGAUAAAACGUCUGAUUUUGGUUCACUAAGUGAUUUUCCUAGCAAGACUGGAGCUCGUUCACUACCCAACUCAGCUGAAAGGGAGCUUGGAAAGUCCCGUUCUAGAAUUUCAAAGGACAAAGUGGAAAAGAAAAUUCCUGUUUUAGAUGAACAAGAAGAAUCUGCUUCGAGUAGUUAUGAUGUCUCCAGUUGGAUGAAGUCUAAAACAGAUCCACCGUUGCUGAAGUCUUCGAUAACAGGAAAGGAAAAGAGACCUCAAGGCUGUGUAAAGAAUAAAACAGUUCCUAAGGGAAAAAAGAGUCUUCCAUCUUAUCCAAGCCGCACGGACCCAGUCUCCCUUUAUCAUUAUUAUCGUGCUCAUUGGGAUAAGUAUAAAGCGCCAGGUGAAGACCCUCAUUCAAAACUACGUUGGGAAGUGAGAACAAAACUUUUUUAUUCAAGUUAAGUAUGAUGAUAUAAUUUUUUAAGGAGUGCUUUGGCAAAUUUUUAUGUAAACAAAGGACUUUUCUGAUAAAGCCUUUCCACUGCUGUUUAUUAAUGAAUAUGGAUUUUUUUUAAUCACUGGUGCAUAAACCUCUUAUUUGACUUGUGCUAUGCUGCCCAGAAGUGUGAUGUUAGCAGAAAAUAGUGUUGUAUAUAGAAAAAUUCAUCUCAUGAAUCUCCUCCUUCAUCAGUGGGAGUUACUUUUUUCCUUGUGUGCUAGCUGUCCUUAACAAUUCAGGAACUACCCUCCUCCAAGUUCCUCAAUGAUUCAUUUCUUCCAAGUUGCUUCUACAGCUUGCCAAGGCAAUUAACUGUAGAGAAGUAUUAACUGUUGAGAAGUGAGGCAGACAUUGUAAGUGAUUCCCACUAGGGGAGGUGGAGGUUACCACUUGUAAUAACUCUGAGCCAAGUGUACACCCAUCCAGGCAGUGUGGUAUAAGUCAAAAUAAGAAAUGUAUAUAAAGGGACCAAACAUAAGUAAUGUGCAUUUUAUAUAUUAUAGAGUUUCAAGAUGAAUUAUUUAUCCUUGUAACUCUGUUAGCAGUUGCUGGUUAUUUUGUGUAUUUGCCCAUGUAAUACGGCUGUGAAUUUGUUGUUCGUCUAAACGUCUUUUUACUUGGCAAGUUAUCGUUUAUUUCCAUUUGCCUUUUAAUAUUUUAAUUUUAGCAUACCAAAUAUUUUGGAGGCCACAGCUUGCUUUAUGGAUUAUUACUUUGCCAGUUGUAGCCUCACUGGUAAUUGAUUUUCAAAGAGCUGCCCUUAUACUGUAACUUAUGAGUAUUUUACUUGAGCUCUAUGUUGAUUUUCAAAUUGUUUACCAUAAUCAUCAUCUUAUUUAUGUCAGUUUUCCCUUUAUAGGCUUUGGCAUUUGAUAAGGUUACUAGAGUACUGAAUGUUUUACCUUCUGUGAGAUUUGUCCUGUUAUUGUAUUAUCAUGUAUAUUGUGAAUAUGUGUGCUAUAGCAUCCAGGUUAGUCUUGAUUAUUGUGCAAAGUUUGUCAAAUUUUCCAUAACUAAUCAUAAGACUGAGGAAUGAAGACGGUCCAUGAAAUUUCUUGAAGUGUGUUGUGUAAUUGUAUUGUGCUGUGUAAUUGUAUUCUGAAGUUAUUAGUCUUUGUUAUAACAACGGAAGAAAUGAGUGUUAAUUGUUUUUAUUUUAAAUUCAUUUUGGUAAGCAAAGAUACAAAAGUUGUGAAAGAAAAUGUUUAAUAGGAAAUGUAUUUUCAGAAUUAUGAUCCUUGUUUCACAAUUACAAUAUAUACAUUACUUUGACGUUAUUAGUAUAGUUUGCAGUUUGGUAAACACUUGGAAAGUAUUUACUUUCUUUUCUGGUCAUUAUGAAGAAGUUCCUCACACUUUUGUAUUAACAGAGAAGGGUAACAUUUGACCAGAGUUUUAUAGGCAAAAGAGUGUGUAAUCGUAAUCGUAUUUGGUAAAUUUUUUUCUAGAUAUUUAGUUUUUGUCAGAUUAUGCAUAAAAUGAUAACUUCUGUAAAGUUACUGAAAAUUAUGAAGUGACUUACAACCUUAUGGCACUGUGCACUGCUACUCUUCUGGUUCUCCAUCAGGUUGGUGAGCGCAGAGUUAAAAAAUUUAUUUACCAUUAAGAUUGUCUGCAUUAUUUUUCUUGCAACUUGAUUGCUGUGGGUGACAAAAUUAUGAAAAUUAUACUUAAGCAAUGGUUGAAUUCAACUCUAUUUAUGUUUACUCUUAUACAGUAUAGUUUUAAUUGUAAAAAAUCACAUGUAUUUUACAAAUAAACCCGUUAGUUUUA